AAAGCAAAUAAAACUUUUCGUGAUAUAGAGGUACAACAUAGGAAUUGAAGUUAGAAUAUUUUUUUAAAUAUAAAUAUCAUGACAUACAGUUGAAUAAAUCGAAUACCUAUUAUACCAAUCUAGGUUUAUAACGUAUCUAGGUAUUGGUGAAGCUGAAUGAUGAUUCUGUAAUAAUUUUAGUGCGAAAUACGAAACAUUCACCGGGUCUGAUAACACUUGUGGUAUUUUGAAUAAAACUUCCAAAAACAUGUUCCUGUUGGUACUAGGCUCAACUAUUUGUCUGCUUUUGAACUGCGCCGUAUCGGCGAUACCGAAGCCGGAAGAGAAACGUGUCCUCGAUCAUGAGAUCAUCAACCAUGUGCAGCACUUUCAGAACGACGAACACAACAAGCAGUACGACCAUGAGGCGUUUCUAGGAGAAGACGCGAAAACGUUCGACCAGCUGGAACCAGAGGAAAGUCGACGAAGAUUAGGAAUUAUAGUGGAUAAGAUUGACACUGACAAAGAUAACUUCGUUAAUUUAGCUGAGCUCAAAGCGUGGAUUCAGUAUACACAGAGACGGUAUAUCGACGAUGAUGUAAACCGACAAUGGAAGCAACACAAUACGAAUGGCAGCGAUCAAAUCCACUGGGAUACCUACCGGAAAAACGUAUACGGUUUUCUGGAUGAAAUGGAUCCCAAGGAUCUCGAGCAAGGUGAUGAACAUUUUUCGUACAAAUCCAUGUUGACGAGAGACCGACGGCGGUGGAGUGUAGCAGAUCGGGAUGGUGAUGAUUCCAUGACAAAGGAGGAGUUCACUGACUUCUUACAUCCUGAAGAAAGUCCCUAUAUGAGAGAUAUUGUCGUUCAAGAAACUAUCGAGGAUAUCGAUAAGGACCACGAUGGAAAAGUUUCAGUGGAGGAGUACAUUGGUGACAUGUAUCGCGGCUCGGAAGACAACGAAGACGAACCAGAAUGGGUGAAACACGAGCGUGAGACCUUCACCAACUUCCGCGACAAAGAUAAGGAUGGUUUCAUGAAUAAUCAGGAAGUCAAAGAUUGGAUCAUUCCUGCGGAUUUCGACCAUGCUGAAGCAGAAGCACGCCAUUUGAUUUACGAAGCCGAUUCUGAUGCCGACGAGAAACUAACCAAAGAUGAAAUCAUUGAAAAAUACGAUUUGUUCGUUGGAUCGCAAGCAACCGAUUUUGGAGAGGCUUUGACACGCCAUGAUGAGUUCUAAGCCACAUUUAUUUUAAUCUCUUCUGUUCGAAUAUAGAGUGACAAUUUGUUCAGGCGAAUGGUAACUUAAGUGAUAUGCGAUAUUUUGAAUGUAAUCUCUACAAUUUCAAUACUCUGGCUUCCAGUUACGGAAGAGUGACGAUUUUAAAAUAAAAAUAACGCAUUACUAAGAUUAUGUAACUUGUUUGGUAUGAACGGUAGCCCAAUUUGUUUCAAAUGAUGCUUAACUACAUAGAUUUAAUUUACAGUUCAGUAUUGCAUUGAAUGAAGUGUAAUAAAUUGUAUGUAUCGAAUAAAAGCCAGAGUGACCUCUGA